AUGGUAGGCUGCAAUGCCUUCUCUGGUAUUGGUCUCUCUACGCAAAGUUUUAGUCGCUACUAUCGUUUCGGCUUGCGUCCGCGAGUGUUUAGUGCUGACGCGCGUUUAGUUAUCCUAUUGGAGAAGCUGACGAACGAGCAAGUGGUUCAUAUGACAACCACGACCAUGGACUUCCAAAGAUCAGUGGAGAUGGUGCGCAACCAACUUUUGGGGCGCAUCCGGUUCUUCGUGUCACUGAAUGGUCAAAAAGCUGAAGUA